UCCAUUUCAUAUUAGAUUCCUGCAUCGAUGCCCGACCCUGAUCGCCGGUAGCUCUCUUCCUUUGCUCCCAGUCCCAACUAGUCUAGGAAGAAGAUGGCGAUGAUAUUGGAGGCCUUCGUCUCCAGUUUUGCUGAACUACUGGUCGAGUCGGCGAAGAAAGAGGUUGACAUGCUCUUGGGUGUGCCAGGCGAGAUCAAAAAGCUCCAGAACAAGCUCCGUAAGAUCAGCAAACUCCUUGCCGAUGCCGAGAGGAAGAGGAUCAAUGAUGAGGCCGUGGAUGACUGGCUCAAGGAGCUCAAGGAUUUCAUGUACGACGCUGAUGACAUCCUCGACCUCUAUCGCAUCGAGGCCGACAAGUGUUGUGAAGGUUCUUCCUCCACUUCUUCGGUAUGCUUCCCCUUCCCCCUUCUCUCUUGCAUCAGAAAGCCUCUAGUUGCUCAUGAGAUUGGCACGAAAAUUAGAGGACUCAAUCUGAAGCUUGAGGAAAUUUGGAAGGGGAGGUCUGAUCUCAAUCUUGUUGAACUCACUUCCCAUGACAAGCAGCCAGUGACAUCUCAAAGUAGUCGCAUGACAUCUCCUGUAGGUGAGAUUGAUAUUGUAGGAUCUGAAAUUGAAGAGCACACUCAGAGCUUGGUUGAUUCGGUAAUUAAGGAUGACGGACGGAGAAACAUUCUUGUUUUCACAAUUGUGGGUGCGGGGGGGAUUGGUAAGACCACACUUGCUAGAAGGAUAUAUAAUGACCAGAGGAUUCAGGAGGAGUUCUCAGUGAAGAAGUGGGCGUGUAUAUCGCAAGAGUUUGAUGAGAUAAAUUUGCUGAGAGAUAUCUACGACGGAAACAAGAAUGAGCUUGCCCGGGAUCAGAGUAAGUCCUCGCUUGAGCCCGAAGUCGAGAGCAGUCUUAGGGGUAAGAAGUUGUUUCUUGUCCUUGAUGAUCUUUGGACCGCAAAGGUUUGGUGUGGCUUGUUAUGUAACACAGUAAAAAGUUGUGCUGCUGGCAGUAGGAUCCUUGUCACUACAAGAAAUGAACAGAUCGCGAAGCAGAUGAUGGCAGUGCACACCCAUUACGUCCACAAACUGUCUUCAGAGGAUAGUUGGUCAUUGCUCUGCAAGAAGGUGGUCUUGACAGGAGAGGAGGGAGAGAUCCAGCAUCUCAAGGACAUAGGGAUGGAGAUUGUUAAGAAAUGUGAUGGCCUUCCUCUAGCCAUCAAAGCGGUUGCAGGGGUUCUAUGCACGAAGGAGAAGACCAGGAGAACUUGGAAUGGAGUUCUUGAAAGCACUGCAUGGUCCUCAUCCGGGCUUCCUGAGGAGGUUAAGGGAGCAUUAUAUUUGAGUUACGAAGACCUACCAAGCUAUCUGAAGCAAUGUUUUAUAUACUGCUCAUUGUUUCCUGAAGACUGCAUAAUCAAUAUGGAUACUAUUACUCGACUUUGGAUUGCUGAGGGAUUUGUGAAAGCUGAGGGGAGUUCGACUGUUGAAGAGACAGCAGAAGAGUACUAUAGAGAGUUAAUUAUGCGGAAUCUUCUGCAGCCAUAUGCGGAAUCUAAUAAAGAUCGAGGUGAAUUCCAGAUGCAUGACCUCUUGCACUGUCUUGCUCAGUAUCUGGCACGAGAUGAGAGCUCGGUUGUUAGGAAGGGACAUGAAGCAGGCAGCAGUAACGGGCCGAUGAAGCUACGUCGGGCAUACGUAAGAGGCCGUGAAACAACGGAAAUCUUUGAUGUGUUAGUAAAACAGGACUCGCUGAGAACUCUAAUAUGGAGAGGGACUCAGAUGUCUGAGACCCAGAUAGAUGUUGUUUUUAAUAAAAUUUCUCGUUUAAGAUUGCUGGAUCUGGUUUUCUCAUAUAUUCAAAGGUUGCCGGAUUCUUUGGGGAACCUCAAACACCUAAGGUACCUAAAUAUGUCGUCGUCCCAGAUAAGUGUCAUGCCGGAAAGCAUAGGGAAUCUCAGAAAUUUACGAUACUUGAAUAUCUCAUGCACCAAGAUAAGCGUGAUACCAGAAAGCAUAGGAAAUCUCACAAAUCUCCAGUACUUGACUGUCAACUUCUGUUGGUCCCUUUCUCGCCUUCCCAACAGUAUCGUGAAUUUACACAACCUUAGGAGCCUCGAUCUUUUUGAGACGGGGGUGGUGGGGAUGCCCGCGGGGCUAGGGAGGCUUCAAAAUCUUCAACUACUACGUGGAUUUAACUGCACGAUGAAAGAAUUGAGAUCUCUCUCGUGUCUCACGGAUCUCUCAAUCAAAUAAGUUGGAGUGGCAUAUCCAGCAGCUCUGAGGCAAAAGCAGCCGAAAUUGGAAACAAAUCCAAGCUUUGGUCACUCGAGCUGAGAUGCACGCUAAGCCUUCAACCCACUGAGGAGGAGAUGAGGAGAAUCGAGGAGGUGUUUGAAGAGCUCCACCCUCCUCCCUGCCUGGAACGACUGAGCAUUGCGUGUUACUUCGGCCGUGAGUUCUCAAAGUGGAUGGCAGAGACAUCUUCAUCAACAUCAAUUCUUUUUCCACAUUUGAGGCGGUUGGAGCUACACUAUUGCAAUUAUUGUGAGCAGCUUCCACCUUGUGGGUUGCUCCCUCAUCUAGAAUUUCUCCACAUCGAGGGUGCUGCAUCAGUCAUAGACGUUGGACCUGAAUUUUUGGUCGGCGGUAGAGCAAGAGUAGAUUCUUCCAAGUGUGCAUUCCCCAAGCUGGAGACACUAGAGUUCAAAUAUAUGCGUAAUUGGCAGGAAUGGAAUUGGGACAAAGGCACACAAGCAAUGCCAUGCCUAAAGCACCUGCACCUUCUACUCUGCCCCAAGUUGAAGGCUCUUCCCGAGGGUCUCCUACUCCACGCAACCUCCCUGACAACAUUGAGGAUCUGUCAUGCGGGCAGCCUAACGACAAUUCAGAACCUCCGUUCGCUCAAAGAAUUGAAUAUAUUGAAAAAUCCCAACCUGGAGAAAGUUUCACACCUUCCUGCGCUCGCAACCCUCGAGGUUAAGGACUGCCCGAAAUUGCAAGUGAUGGAGAAUCUUCAAUCCUUGAAAAGGAUGAAACUGGUCGAUUAUGAAAUGAAAUCGCUCCCGUCAUGCUUACUGAAAGGAGUACAUAUGGCUCAUCUGGAGAAGCUGGAGAUCUGGUGCAGCUCAGAACUCAAGACAAAAAUUUGCCAAAGGGCCAGCCCAGAGUGGCAAAUAAUCCAAGGCAUCCAGCAGGUGCGUGUAUAUAUACUCAAGAUGAUGAAUCGGUGCAUGCCUUCUAUAACAAGUCGCCCUACAGUUUCACUAUAAAUUUCGACAACACCGCCACCAGCAGCAGUGGCACUGCUCUCUAAUCAAUUUCAACCAUGGUUUCUGUUCUUUCCAGGUAUACAACUUUGCUUAACCUGUCUUCAAUUUAUCGCUCUUUUCUUUAUGUCCUUUCAAGAUAGGAUGUAUUCAUCUAUCCUAGCAGCAGCUUAUGAGAUAUUUACAUUGCAAUAGCAGCCAGCUGAGCCCUUUAUUUCCUUGAUACAUGUUUUAAAGUUUAUUUUGAUUGAUUCUAAUAAUGGGAAAAGUUUUCUAGACUUAUUUUUCCAAGGAAAAAUUUGAUAGAAUUGUUAGGCAGAGCAUCUAAAAGAACUAGAAGAAUAGGGAUUCUAUGCUUCUUUUUAGCCAACGUACUUAGCAAUUAGAUCUUUAUUUAUUUAUUCUUUUUCUUUUUGGCUACCGAUAACAACAUCAGUUCUUGUGGAUUUGGUUUCUAAUGACAUGCAGCAACUGGAAACUGCAAAUUAUUAUCUAUAUCAGAGAAGCCUCAAAAACUUUGCUGCUGUUUAGUUCCUACAACCAGGGUUGUCUAACCUCAAAAAUAUGCUCUUCUUAUUGUUGUUUCAGCUAAAAAUAAAAUUCAUUUUAAUAAUUUCCACAUAUUGUUGAUAAAUUCCGGUAGAAGCUGAUUUUCCUUUUAUUCCACAUGUUAAAUUUGCAGCAUUUACGACAAUUCCUGUUGGAUUUACUUGCUAUAUGCACCUCCGUUACUGAUAUAAGGAAUACUUAAUUUCAUGCAAUUCAGUUAUCUAUAUGUAUCUCUUGCCCAUUGGUCCAGAACCUUAGUAGAAUGAUGGUUGUUUAUGCUUCUAUCUUCAGAGUUCAGAACCAUAUAAGUACUAGCAGAACUAUCAUUUAUUGUGCCAUUUUGAUGCUUAAUCCAGUAGCUUAUAUGAUCUUGUUUCUUUGCCCUGCGAACUGGUUCCGGAAAAUGCAAAGCAGGAAUGGGAAAUUUAUGGGUUGACAAGAAUGAGAACUGGGAAGCUAUGAAUCUAUGACCGCCUGAAAAGCUAAAAUUGUUGUAGCCCAAAUUUCUUAGAAUGACUAAUAGAAAGUUAUUAAUGGAGUAGCUUUUUGUCAGGUCAUAUUUCUUAUGAUCCCAAUGCCUUUUUUGCUCCUCGCGUAAGUUUUCACAGUGGAUGACAGUUACAAAAUUUUGACUGUCUUUGUCAAUUGCUUGAUAGAUGACUAAUAUCACAUCUUUAUGAUCUAAAUGUAUCGAGUUGUUGCAAUGGGAAACAGAGGAAUGUAUCAAGCUGAGGAUGACCGGUAUGAUGGCUUCCAUGGAUGAACUCUCCAAACUUUCUUCAGGAUUUUCGGUUACAUGCAAUGCAUGGGAAAGCUAGCAUGAAUCGCUAGCACGCUUCAGGAGACUCCAAUGAAGCUCUACUUUUUUGGGCAAUACAAAUAUCUUUAUUUACUCUUUCUCAAUCAGCAUAGGAUAUUAAAUGUUCUUCCUCAUGCAAUUUGUAGCAUUUUGGAAUUAUGAGAACAGAGCGCAGCCACAGGCCUAUGGAGGCAUUAUUUUGACUAGUGUUUUAGGGGAUUUUGCAAGUUUAGAUUUUGUUUAAAAAACAAUCCAAGAUGUACCCCAACAAACUGCAAAACUUGCCUGUUUGUGGCAGAUGGGAGAGAAAUAUUCUAGCUA